GCCUGCGUCGCGCGCGUUUGUGUCCGUUCUGUCGACCCCACCUGUGGCUGCCGCGUUGUGUUGUGAUUUUAUGAAUGAAUAACCAGUUUGGAUGGUGUUUAGUGAUAGUGUUUUGAACUUGUGUGAAACUAAGUGACAAGUUGGAGUUUAUAUUACGAUCACGAUCAGCCAAAAUGGGGGAAGCGCAUAGAUAUCGAUGACAGUUUUGAUAGCUGUCAAUGUGCCGCAGUGCGUCGUUCAGAUUGUGACAUAGUGACAAUGUGGAGGUGAUUUUCGUGUGCUGUAGUGAAAUUAUGUGCUGUGAUUUUUACGAACAUCAAGAUGUGUGCCAAAUUAAGGAUUUUAGUCGCUUUAUUAAGUGUGCUGUCAGUGGAAUGCUUCCAACAACAGUAUUUCCGCGUGUCCCCACGAAGUCUGCGCGUUCUCGAAGGCGCUGAAGCAGUUCUAGAGUGUGCAGUGGCAAACCUUGCUGGCCAAGUGCAGUGGGCCAAGGAUGGAUUUGCACUUGGUUACUCUUCAGUGAUACCUGGAUACCCUCGCUAUACGAUGUUUGGUGACAGGAGACACGGUGUCUACAACCUGCGUAUUGUCAAUGUUACCUUAGAAGACGACGCGGAAUACCAGUGCCAAGUUGGACCAGCUCAGAUGCACAAGGUCAUCAGGGCGAACGCCUCCAUCACCGUUCUAUCGCCACCAAACGCAGUGGAAGUCGUGAAUCAUCCCCACAACUCGAAGCUGGAGGUGAAAGAAGGGGAGGAUGUGGUCCUAGAAUGUCAGGCGAAGAACGCCAAGCCUGCCGCAAAGGUUGUCUGGUUUCGGGGGAACCAGGAGAUGACAGGAGAUAGAGUUGGCAGUGAAGAAAUAAGAGAAGUGGACAGCCCAAGUGGAAACCCCAAAUCUAUUAGAUAUACUACAAUAUCUAGGGUCCACUUCAAAGCUACUUCAGAAGACGACUACGCAGACUUCACAUGUGAGGCGAGACAGGAGGCAUUGCAUCGAGACUCGCCUAUGAGGAGUACUAUACAACUCAGCGUGCUUUAUCCUCCUGGCGCCCCCUACAUAGAAGGCUACGCGGAAGGCGAGACCGUGAGACGUGGACAAAGCCUAGAGCUGGUCUGCAGAAGUCGAGGCGGUAACCCACCAGCUCAGCUCAUCUGGUAUAAAAAUGGCGAACAAAUCAGAAUGGCUUACAGAACGAGCGGUCGUAUGUCGGAGAACGUCCUAUCAUUUAAGGCUGACGCUUCGGACAAUAAGGCUCGGUAUACGUGUGAAGCUAAGAACAUUAUGAUCAGCAACACGUUGAAGGCUGAAAUCGAUCUCACUGUACUAUUUGCUCCCGCUCAUGUGACUAUAUCUGGACCUACGGAAGCACGCGUGGGUGAUCCAGUACCACUCACAUGUACCACGGCUCCUUCGAACCCUGCUCCGGAGAUUAAAUGGCUAGUGCUCGGGAAAAAUCACAAAGAGGCCAGCAACCGGACUGUUAUAUCGCCUGAGGGAGGCUGGAUAACAACAUCAAACAUAACAGCGGUGGUGGAGCCGAAUCGACGUUCCGUGACAGUGGUGUGCCAUGGCGUCAAUUCACAGUUAACUGAAAUAACCGUCGCUUCUCACACUAUUAACGUGCUAUAUCCUCCCUCAGCGCCUAUGAUCACCGGCUACAUCCCUGGAACCACACUAGCCGCUGGUACGGUUCAGAAGUUGGCCUGCGUCUCCACUGGUGGAAACCCACUUGCUACUCUUACAUGGUUUAAGAAUGAUAAGAAGAUCCAUUCAGUAACAAAGUCGACAGACAAGAUGGUGUCAUCCGAGAUAUCAAUACUGACCAAUGUGACUGAUAAUCAGGCGCAAUAUCGAUGUGAAGCUACCAAUAGUGCGACGGAGAUACCGCUCUUCGAAACUGUUACAUUGAACGUGCACUUCGCACCCGAGGCAGUAAAAGUAAGAGCUGACCCAGAGGAACUCCGACCAGGCAUCGAAUCUACAUUAUUCUGCGAUGCAGCGAGCAGCAACCCGCCAGCCACGCUAUCAUGGUGGCGGGAUGGUAUUCCUGUGCAAGGUCUCCCUAUGAAAAUGAAGAAAGGCCUUCACGGCGGUACAGUAUCGACGAUAGAACUCAAGUUGAACAUAAGCAAGGACCUCAAUGGCGCAGUAUACACCUGUCAGGCCAUGAACGAGGCGAUACAGAGGAGUGUGCAUGACGCACUUACUUUGAAAGUUCUGUAUGCACCAAUCUUCGACGAGACGACUCAAACAACAGCGGUGGGCGUAGAACACGAACAGCUCAUAGUAUCAGCUCGUGCGCACGGCAACCCUUCGCACAUCACGUACACAUGGACAAAGGACGGACUGCCUAUCACGCAUUCCUCGUAUAGCACAACCAACGAUCGAAUUAUAUCAGAAGGCAGUACUUUAAACAUGACGCGACUGUCCCGUCACGACGCUGGUGUUUACACGUGUGAAGCUGUUAACUCGCAAGGCGCUGCCGUCAUCAAUGUCACUGUAUCCGUUCACUACGCCGCCGAGAUAAAAUCCGUUUAUCAGGACGCCAUUUCGAGCCCUAACGAAGACGCCGUGUUGGCCUGCACCGCUACAGGCAACCCCCUCGCAUCCGAUCACAUUCGUUGGGAGCGUCCGGACUACGACCUCUCCUCUCGCAGCGUAACCUUUGAUCCGCGAAAUCAAACGAGCUUCCUUACCAUUGACAAAUCAAGCCGAGAAGACGUCGGCACUUUCACAUGUGUCGUUGAUAAUGGUAUUGGGGGCGAAGACAGGCAGGAAGUGAUGUUGGUUGUCAAGUUCAAACCGGAAAUGGAUACGUCGCCGAGCUUAAUCAAAUCAGCGACUAAUGUUGGACAAGUCGGGCGUUUGACGUGCAAAUGCAAAUGUGCACCCGCGCCUAACUUCACUUGGUCAAAGAGCGGUAACAAAUUGCCAGUCAACACAUCCACGAAAUACUUUGCCGAAUACCACAAAAUAGAUGCCAUCACAUAUGUAUCUGUGCUGUUAAUCAACGAUGUGUCGUCGGCCGAUUAUGGUUCAUACGAAUGCGGGGCAAGAAACGAUAUAGGAUUUAGUACUACAUCUGUGAAACUAGAUGUCACCAGUGCGCCCGAUCCUGUAACAUCAGUGGUUGUCACAAAUGUGACACACAACUCGGUGUCUCUCGAGUGGGUUCCCGGAUUUGAUGGCGGUCUAUACUCGUGGUACAGGGUUCGAUACCGAAAAAUCUACGACGAAACAUAUCGAUACGAAGAUGUGCUGCCACGUAACGCGACUUCAUUCACAAUUCACAACCUCGAACGACACACCGAUUACGUCUUCUCCGUGAUGUCCAUUAAUAAAAUAGGCCAGAGCAAGUACAGGCCUGAUGAUACAAAAGCUACUACUUUGACUUCGUCCGAAGUAGGCGAAUUGAACGUAGUGUCCACUGAGUUUGUAGAAACAGCUGACGUGUCGAAAUCCGUAGUAGUUUAUGUUUCGAUCACCGGAGUAGUUUUGGUUUUGAUAAAUGCUGCUUUGGUAGCUUGCUUUAUUUUUAAGCGCCGAUCCAGGCGAUUAAAAGAACAAGCUGGUCAAUCGUCAAAGUCGGCCACCAUAGAGAUGUAUGCGCCAUCCUCCUACAACGACACGAUGACGGGUGAAACUCUAAGCUCUGUCUCGGAGAAGUCAGAGACGUAUUCCCAAGAUGGUGAUGGUCAGCCCCCUCCUAUACCCGAAGUGCCCAUUAUGCCAAAUAGGCAUAUGUUGAAUCAGACGGAAGCCUACCUAAUGGACGAGCAGGGUCUGAUCCCUCCUCCCCUGGACUACCCUCCUCCCAACUACGCGGUAUACGAAGGGGACCACGCGAGGACCUUGCCGCACCCCCACAGGCAUAAGGACAUCAGUGGGCAUAGUACUUUGGGAAGAAGUGCAGGCAAACAGAACUACGUUCCUGCCCCCAGCCCCAUGCCCCCGCUGGACGGGUCCUACUACAACAUGUCAUCCGAUAGAUACCUCUCGUAUCCACCCUUAAUUGGAGAAUAUUUACAACAGCAGCAGUCGGGUCGUACGCCGACUCCGCCGCAGCAGUACGCGCACAAGCCUCUGUCCAACGGCGGCGUCCCUUCGCCCUCGCAUCUCGCCACGCCGCCCCUCAACUGCAUUGAUGCCCUAGACCGUCAAUCAACGGGCGGUACACUAAGACGGCAGAGGUUCGACAAAAUGGCCGUACCACCACCUGACGUCACGGUUUUACACCCUGGAAAUUGUACACAGCACAUACAAAUGAACCAGACGCCGUCAGUGAAGCAGCCACAAUCAAUACUAAAAGACCCAUCUCGACACAAAUACGGCUACGGCAGCCCCAUUUCGUCCAGCACGCCACAGAACUCAAACCAAAUCCUAACCGUGCAAAACUUAACCUCGGACGUCCCUCAGUACGGGACGAUUAAAAAAGAGAAAAAACAAAACGUCACCAUCGACGAAUCAUAUAAUAAGCGAAGUGAAACGCACGUCGUGUAAAGUGAAGUGACGUUUAAUGUGAAGUGUAAAUAAAGACUAGUUACAAUUUUAGAUAGACAUUAAUUCAUUUGUGAUACCAGAACUGUGUCCGUGGUAUUUAGAUAGGAACUCCCGAAUUGAUUUUCGGUGUAAUUUUGUUAUGGAGGCUACUGUACAGCUAAUGUGGGGUCGAGGGUCGACUUAACUGGAAAUAUAAAUAGGUCAACGGAGUUUCACCUGGCAAAUCGUGACCUCUACGGUAAUUUCUAGUUUACAAAGGCGAUUAACGUGGGGUCUGAUAGGUCGAAAUCAAAACUGGACAUUACAAGGAUGUCGGUAUGUAUUACUUUGAUUUGCAAAAUGACAGUUGACAACUGUCGAAACUUGUCAAACGGUCAUACUGUGGUAGCCUUCAUACGUUUGACUGACUUAUCAUUACAAUUAUUAUUGUAUUAGGACGUCCAAAUGGCAUUAACGGCGCAAAAUAGCAAAAGCGGGUGCGACAGAGAUCUCGUUUCAUUUAGGAAUUGUUCUGUUUAACUAGAAAUACCGUCUCUUGCUAUUUGGCGUCUUUAAAUCGAUUGUUAUAUUGUAAUUAAUUUUGAUCUAAUAAGUUCUAAGAUCGCUUGUCGAUUUAAACGAUUCCCUCGAAGGAUCUCUUUAAGUUUUAGAGUAGAAUUGUUACUAAUUUUGAUUGUAUUAACAAAAUUUAUUGGGGAAAUUUUAAAUUGCUCCCAGAGUUGAAGUUUGUUUCGAUGAUCUAGCGUUUUAGCGUUGUAUUGCAUUUAUUGUUAUUAAGAACAAUUAGAAAUGAGAAAUGUAAUUCGCCAACUGUUCAUUUGUACAUCUCCACUUUGUAUAUUUUAUAUUAUACAAUAGUUAUCUUCUCUGUAAUUUCGUGUAAAUAAUAAUAAUACUCAAUCGCGAACUGACAAUAAUAAUAAGUUUUAUUUUUUUAAUUUAUACUCCGCUUGCGUUUAUUUGUAAAUAUAAUACGAUAUUGUAUUUUCUUUUAGCUUUUUUAAUACAAAAAUUAAUCGGUUUUAAUACAGAUACCAAAGUUAUAAUUAAUGUUUAAGUUGUAAGCUAUAUUUGUUUCGUUUUAAUUUUCUUUUGAUUAAGAAUUUCGAAAACGAAAAUGUGAAACGUAAUGUUAUUGGAAAAUCUGGAAUCCAUCCAAUGACGAAUACGAAUAUACAAAAAUCUUUAAUGUUACAUUUUGGAUUUAAAUAAAAAUGAGCUAAUUAUU